GCUGUGCCCGCCCCUCGCCGCGCACGGAGAUGGCGGAGUUGGACAUUGGGCAGCACUGCCAGGUGGAACACUGCCGCCAGCGAGAUUUUCUUCCAUUUGUAUGUGAUGGUUGUUCAGGAAUAUUUUGCCUUGAACACAGGAGCAGGGAGUCACAUAGCUGUCCUGAGGUGACUGUAACCAGUGAGAGACUGAAGUCAGAUACACAUACAUCUUACCCAUGCUCAUUCAAGGAAUGUGCUGAAAGAGAGCUUGUGCCAGUUGUGUGCCCUUAUUGUGAGAAGAAUUUUUGCCUGAGACACCGUCAUCAGUCAGAUCAUGAAUGUGAAAAAUUGGAAAUCCCUAAGCCUCGUAUGGCUGCCACUCAGAAACUUGUUAAAGACAUUAUUGAUUCCAAGACAGGAGAAACAGCGAGUAAACGAAGGAAAGGUGCAAAAAAUAGUGAAACAGCUGCAAAGGUAGCAUUGAUGAAAUUAAAGAUGCAUGCUGAUGGAGAUAAAUCAUUGCCACAGACAGAAAGAAUUUACUUUCAGGUCUUCUUACCUAAGGGGAGCAAAGAGAAAAGCAAACCAAUGUUUUUUUGCCAACGAUGGAGCAUUGGAAAGGUCAUAGACUUUGCAGCUUCUUUAGCCAGUCUUAAGAAUGACAACAACAAAUUAACAGCUAAGAAAUUGAGGUUGUGUCACAUUACCUCAGGAGAAGCCUUACCCUUGGAUCAUAUUUUGGAAACCUGGAUUGCUAAGGAGGAUUGUCCUUUAUAUAAUGGUGGAAAUGUUAUCUUGGAAUAUCUUAAUGAUGAAGAACAGUUUUUAAAAAAUGUGGAUUCUUACUUGGAAUAGUCUUUGAAGAUUCAAACCAGGAAUCACAAGGAAAAUUCAAUGUUAAUUUCUUUUAUUGCAAGUAUUAUAAAUUUUUUUAUUUUUGAAUUUUUGGGGGGAGUUCUCUUAUGGUGCAGUGGAUUAAGGAUCUGGCAUUGUCACUGCAGUGGCCUAGGUUGCUACUGUGGCACAGGUUCAUUCACUGGCCUGGGAACUUCCACAUGUUGUAGGUGCAGCCAAAAAAAAAAGAAAAAGAGAAAGUUACUUUUUAUUUCCAUUAUGUCAUAAUUUAAUUAUCAGUUUUCUAUUAAGUUGAAUUUGAAUUUUUGUGUUUUCAAGUUUAACUAUGAACUGACAUUCAAUUAUUAGCAAAUUCUUGUAUCUAAUUCACUUUUAUUAGGUUGUGCUGUAGUAACAAUAACAAAGAUGUAUUUUUCAUUUGGUUAAUGUCAGCUGUUGAUUGGCUGUGACUCUCCUCCAUGUUAUCUUCACUCCACAAUCUAAGAUGAAGGAAUAACGCUAUUGGGGGUAUUGCUUCUUAUGGCAGAAGAAGAAAGAGAUAGUCUUAGGAGAUGCUUUGUAUCACUUUUGCUAUAAGCAAGACGCAGGACCAAGGCUAACAUCACUGGGCCAAGAAGUAUAGCCUUACUAUCUGCCUAUACCACAAUGUAUAAAUCGAUGUGUAUACCAUUGUAGAAACGUAGGGGUCAUCUCAUUCAUUCUUCCAAGUCUGUGGAUGAAGAAUCUCAGGCCUAGGAAGGAAAAAUGAUUCUCUUGUCACCUACGUGCUUUGGAGCAUGUCUCUGAUAAAAAGCCCUUCCAGUGGGAUUCACUUUUUCUAUCUGUGUGGAUGUAUUACAAAUGAGAGGAAAGAUGGGAUAGCUUGACUUCAUCACAGGCCCUUUAUGUACACCAAAGCAAAACACAUGCCAGAAUGAUUACAUUUUACCAACAUGUUAAAAUUAAGGCUUCUCGGAUUUCCUGUUAUGGCUCAGUGGUAGCCAACCCAACUAAUAUCCAUGAGGACUCAGGUUCGGUCCCUGGCCUCGCUCAGUGGGUUAAGGGAUCCGGUAUUACUGUGAGCUGUGGUGUAGGUUGCAGAUGCGGCUCAGAUUCUGUGUUGCUAUGGCGCAGGCCGGCAGCUGCAGCUCCAGCUCCAGCUCCAAUUUUGACCCCUAGCCUGGGAAUUUCCAUAUACUAUGGGUGUGGCCCUAAAAAGACAAAAAAAUAAAAAAUUAAGGCUUCUCACUAAUGCAUUCCAUCUAUGCUCAACAAAGUACUAUUUACUAUAGAGAAGGAAUAGAAAUUAUUUCUAUUUUUUAUUUGUUCCUUUUCUAUUUUGCAAUCGGGAUAGUGGCUUUAAGUUUAAUUAAAGGAAUAAAUUCAAUAUUCACUUCCUCUCUAA